CCGGAAUAAACCACUCGAGGUGGGGGAGUGCCGGGGAACACUUCCCAAUUUUAUUAAUAAUUAAUUAAAAGAUAGCGGAAAAGCAUACAUGGAAAACAUGGUGUACAACGAAAAUAAAAAACUAGCAGGUUAAAUUUGCAGUGGAAAUUCCAAGAGUAGCUGAGAUAUUUUUGUUGUAUCUGUUGUAGAAUAUGAUCGCCUUCUUAAGAUAUGGUUGAUAAGUUUUAGCCUUCGGACGUUUUGAUUUGUAAAGCUUGAUGGUUGCAACCAAUUUGUGUGGCGAGUCAAACCUUUGGUCGACCGGAUAAAGAAAAUAAUCUGAUGCAUUUUGAGGUUUAUGAGAUUGACUUCUAGUGACCAUCGGGUGAGAAGCAUAUCCAACAUGGUAGAAUAGUUGUGUGUCUGAUUUGGCUGAUUUUUGGCUUUCGGCAUGGAUCUUGGUAGAAUAGGUGUGAGCAGGUGAUGUAUUAUAUUAUGAUCUUAAUAUAAUACUGCAUACAUAAUUACACAUAUUUCAUAUUUUAAUUCUUAACAAGGGUUGACCAGGUUUUUUGCCCGUUGACCAGGCUGACCCUGGAUCCAGUCACUCAUCCGGGUCGUCAUCCGUGUUUUGACAACAUGGCGAGUUCUUCCCUGGGUCUCUUCACCGGUAGUGUUUUGUGUAGCCGGCUUUCUCCUUCGGUGCAGGUUGGCCCUUCUAAGAUUACAUGGAUGCCGUAUAUAGCUGAGAUGUUUGCAGAGUUACCCCCCGCUGGAUGAGAGCAUUCUCAAAUAUGGCGAGCACGUGUGACGUUGAUAUGUUUUGACAUUGUUGAGCUUCAUUUGCCUGGUCGUGUAUUGCGACAGUUUGGGUAUGAGCAGGUCAUUCAAGCACCUAUCGACACAUAUGUAGACCUUCAUAGGUUGGAUAGGUGUGGGAAGCAUACAGAAGAUUGGGAACUUAGACAUGUCCGAUACGUCACUGUGUGGCAGAGGUGAGCUGAGCUUGUUGUGAUUGGGACACCGACAUUAGUCCCAUCUGUUUCGGGAGACUACAUGGGAUGGUAUUACAGCAUCACUCGUUUGUUUGUGCCUCCUUCGUUCAGACUCCCUACUCACCAUUAUCAGCCUGGUUCCUUGGCUUUGCAUCUGACGACACGAGCUUUGCAGCGUAUACAUCAGCGGGCUACUUCCAUAGUGAGUGAUACACAUGACGUGGACAUGUAUGGUCAGGCUUUGACGGGCAUCGCCUCAUUGUGUUCAGAUGUGUUAGGGCGAGUCGACUACAGUCAUCUUAUACAUAUGCCCCCAUCUCAGGAUAUGUCAUCGACAUCUAAUGCAACGGCAGCUUCAUCAUCCCAGACUCAGCAUGAGAGAGUGGUUCUUCAACCACGCCAGCGACGUAGGCGUAGGCAGCAACUACAACAUCUCCAUGACCAAGACGAUCAAGAAGACCACGAGAACUUGUAGUUUAC